GAUGAGGUGUACACCGCAAUGAUGAACCAUCCUGUACACGGAUUACCGCCGCGAGAACCAAGUUAUUACAAAGAAAUCGCGGUCAUAGAGUACAAACGGCUGUGCGACGAAAUAUGGGGAGAAAAUGUUAAUACGAUGAUGAUGCCUAACUCACAAUGGAAUUUAGCAGAGUUACUUGACGGUUACACAGAUAAGAACGACGUGGUGGAGGAGGAGGAGGAGAAGACGAGUACUACACCAGUAAUCAAGUCAGACGGUGUGAGCAUUGCUCCACCACCACCACCACCGUGCGAUAGUGUGGAUGACCUGACGGUCGAAACCUGAUAAGGUUAUUUCCCGUUAGACCGCGUACAAUGAUAACACAAAGAAAAUGGAGGGACGAAAUAACCACGCACACCAUAUAUAAACGAACACACUGAACCAUUUAAUCAC